AUGUACUUCUUCCUCAGCCUCACCCUCCUCGACAUAGGCUGCAUCUCCACCACUCUCCCCAAAGCCAUGGCCAGUUCUCUUUGGAACAACAGGGCCAUCUCCUAUGAAGGAUGUGCUGCACAGGUCUUCUUUUUAGUCUUCUUGCUUGGGGGAGAGUAUUCCCUUCUCACCGUCAUGGCCUAUGACCGCUACAUUGCCAUCUGCAAACCCUUGCACUACGGGAGCCUCCUGGGCAGCAGAGCUUGUGCCAAGAUGGCAGCAGCUGCCUGGGGCAGUGGCUUUCUCUAUGCUGUCCUGCACACAGCCAAUACAUUUUCUCUGCCCCUCUGCCAUGGCAAUGCUGUGGAUCAGUUCUUCUGUGAAAUCCCUCAGAUCCUCAGGCUCUCCUGCUCACAUGCCUACCUCAGGGAAGGUGGGGUACUUGUGUUUAGUAUUUCUUUAGCAUUUGGUUGUUUUGUUUUCAUUGUGGUUUCCUAUGUGAUGAUCUUCAGGGCUGUGCUGAGGAUGCCCUCUUCUCAGGGCCAGCACAAAGCCUUUUCCACAUGUCUCCCUCACCUGGCUGUCAUCUCCCUGUUUCUCACUACCAUCGUUUUUGCCUAUCUUAAACCACCCUCCCUCUCCUCCCCAGCUCUAAAUCUGGUGGUGUCAUUUCUGUACUCAGUGUUGCCUCCAGCAGUAAACCCUGUCCUCUACAGCAUGAGGAACCAGGUGCUCAAGGGUGCA